GCAAUCAAAGUAAACAAAGUAGUGUGUUGGUAUAGCAGUAUGGGGAGACAACCAUGCUGUGACAAAGUUGGGGUGAAGAAAGGUCCAUGGACAAGUGAAGAAGAUAAGAAGCUUAUGAACUUCAUCAUGAGCAACGGACAGUGCUGUUGGAGAACUGUGCCUAAGCUUGCAGGCCUUAAGCGUUGUGGAAAGAGCUGCCGUCUUCGUUGGACCAAUUAUCUUCGCCCUGACUUGAAGAGAGGCCUCCUCACUCAUUCUGAGGAGCAACUUGUCAUCGAUCUCCAUGCUCGUCUUGGCAACAGGUGGUCUAAGAUAGCUUCAAGGUUACCAGGGAGGACAGAUAAUGAGAUUAAGAAUCAUUGGAACACACACAUCAAGAAAAAGCUCCUUAAGAUGGGUAUUGACCCUGUUACUCAUGAACCUCUUGCUAAGCAACAGCUAGUUUCAUCAUCAUCAUCUUCAUCCGAAUCAGCAGAGCAAUUGCCAGAACCUCAACAACAGCUCAAGGAAACUGUUGUUAACAAGAACGAUAAUAAUGGGGUACCGGUUCCCAUCAAUUCACAGCAGGAGAACUCGUCGAGUUCGUCACCACCAACUGAAAACUCUUGUUCUGCAUCGGGGGAUGGGGAUGAAUCUCUAAUAUUGAACAGCUUGUGGCUUGAUGAUACUCCACUCAUUGAUGCAUUAUGGGAUACUACUCCUACAUCUUGGUUAUUGGACUGUCAAGACUUUGGCAUUCAUGACUUUGGUUUUAACUGUUUCAAUGAGACUGAGUCAAAUGCUCUCCAAACUCUGGAAACAGAGGAAAAAAAAUGGCAUUAGCAUUUUAGGAUAUACAUGGAGUACGGUGAUGAGUGACCUGUGUAUGUUUAAGAAGGUGAACAUAUAUAUAUAACAGAUAUAACCUUUUAAUUAAAAUACAAUCUAUAUAUACGUACAUAAAUACGUAAAUAUAUACCAUGGUUUUAAACUAAAGUGAACUUGAAAUUUACUAUUGUAUGUUCCGGAAUAUUCUAGGAAGGUGGACGUGAACCUUUACUCUUAAUGAGGUUCCUCGCCAACCAAAAUGCAAAAGUGAUAGCAAACCAAAUCCCCCCAAUGCCGCAUUGCUUGUAAUUUUAAAAGUGCUGUAAUCAUUUGUGUAUGUGUUAGGUUUAGGGACAAAAUCUGGGAACUGUGAACUGCAAACUGUGUGUUGCUUUUUGUGGUUAUAAAACCUAUUGUACAUGGAUGUUGA